AUGGCUGGUCCAGUGAAGAAGCGCGCUGAGGUCGAGAAGAAGUCGAGCGACUCGUCUAACGACUCGGCUUCUCAGUCUCGGGACCUUACUCAGCGUUCCUCCAGGUCCAUCCCUCGCCUUGACGGCAAUCGCGACCCCAGCGAUAGAAAGGUGAUUGACUACACGGUGCCCAAUGACCUCAAGAACCUCUCCGAGUUCCUUGGUAUGCGUGGCUGGUACGCUGCUCGAGGUGUCAACGUUGGAAGUGACCUACCUGCGCGUCCCGAGACCUUCAACCAGAAUGGCAAACCCGUGAACAUUACUCUCAACACCUUCAAUGUUGACAAGGCUCCAAACACCAUCGUUCACCAGUAUGAUCUUCACUUCACCGGCGACGGCCAAGACUAUACCAAGCGCGUCCUGCUCAAGAAGAUCUGGAACUCGAAUGCUGUCAAGUCCUUUCUGGGUGAAUCAAACAAGUGGAUUUGGGACACCAACAAGCUUGCAUGGUCUACUAAGCGUUUGGAUCGUGACGACACCCGCAUCCAUGUUGAUCUUGAUGAAGAACAGGGUCGUCCUACGAAACCCGGCGCUAAAAGCAACAAGCAUGUUGUCCAUAUUCGCUGGACUCGUCAGGUGGAUUUCAUCGGCCUCAAGUCGUUCAUGAGCGGUCAAGCAGCGUGGUCCAACGACUGCAUUGAUACCCUGAACUUUCUUGAUCAUGUCAUGCGAAUGUGGCCGUCGAACCAGUAUACUAUGAUCAAAAAGUCGUUCUUCCAGCGGGGUGAACAACGCUUCGACCUCGGCGGAGGUGUUGAAGCUUUCAAAGGUGUCUUCACCUCCCUCCGCCCAGUCCUCGAUGACAAAUUCAACAAGUCGCUGUCCGUCAACGUCGAUGUUGCCAAUGGGACAUUCUGGCGUGCCCAAGAGCUCACGCGUGCCAUUGGCCAAGCAUUCAGCUGUAGUCCUCCACAGUUUACGAGCAUGUUCCAGAAUGCACUCCGCGAUUGGAACCGCUCCAUCCUCAAAAAGGACUUGAGAAAGUUUAAGCGCAUCGGCGUCUCUACGACUCACACCAAGGAGCCUGUCCAAUGGACCAUCGACGAGUUUGUUGAGUUGGACGCGCACAAAGCCACGUUCUCAGACCCAGACGAUCGUUCCAAGACGAUUUCCGUCGCCGCUUACUUCAAGAAGAAGUACGGCAUCGCUGUCAUGGGUGGUGUUCCAGUCGUCAAGAUGACGAAGAAGAUUCGUGGUCAACCCGUCUACAUGCCAAUUGACGUCCUCAAGAUUGACGCCAAUCAGCGUUACAACACAAAGCUCAGUGACACUCAGACGUCCAACAUGAUCAAGUUUGCUGUCACCCUCCCCAAGGAGCGCUGGGCAGCAGUUCAGCAUGGCAUUCGUCUCCUCGACUGGGCCAACGACCCCUUUCUCAACCACUAUGGAAUCAAGGUCAACCCUAACGCUGCGAAGGCUCAGGGUCGUGUCUUGCCUUCGCCUGUUGUUCAUUUUGGACCAGGCUCCAAAGAAGCGACCAUCAAACCCGCUGACAUGAUACAAGGUCGAUGGAGGCUUGACGGGCGAAAGUUCGUCAUGCCGAACAAGGAGCGCCCAAUCAAGGCCUGGGGCAUCUGUGUCAUCCAGGGGCGUGGUAGUCCACCACCCACGGCUGUUGAGAGCUUCGCUCUCAAACUGAUCCAAAUCUACGAGGCUCAUGGAGGCCAUAUCCUUUCUCAUCCCCAGCAUGGCAAGAAGCCCUGGAUGGGUCCGGGAAAUCUGGCAGACGGCGGAGAAAUGGUCUUGAAGGCCUGGAACCAGACCGGCAACAAGUACUCCACACCACCCAACCUGAUGCUCUUCAUUGUCAACGAUCGGAACGUUGAUGUGUACCGCCGCAUCAAGAAGUCUUGUGAUAUCCGUUUUGGUGUGGCUUCACAAGUUCUUCAGGCCAAACAUGUCAUGUCUGCCUCCCCGCAGUACAUCUCCAACGUGUGCAUGAAGAUCAACGCCAAGCUCGGCGGCGCUACCUGCGUCGCAAAGUCCCAGGUGAUUCCAAAGAUUGCGCCCCAGGCUACCUCGAUCCCCACGAUGGUCGUCGGUGCUGACGUCUCCCAUCCUGCUCCUGGAGCGGGUUCCGGUGAAGCUGCUUCAUUUGCCGCCAUCACCGUGUCUGCAGACGUCCACUUCGCUAAGUACUGGGCUGAGGUUCAGACCAAUGGAAACCGCGUCGAGAUGAUCACAACCUCCAACAUCGAAAAACACUUCGGGUCCAUGGCCGACGCUUGGAUGCAAAAGGUCGGUCAAGGCAGGCCUCCGCAGCGGGUUCUUUACAUUCGUGACGGAGUCGGCGAAGCACAGUAUGCUGCAGUGCUGGAGGAAGAAGUUCACGAUAUGAAGGAAACCUUCAAGAAGUUGGGCUGCAAGGAAAUUCCCAAGUUCACGGUUGUGAUUGCCGGCAAGCGUCACCACAUCCGCUUCUUCCCCGAGACUGGCAAGGGCGACCGCAACAACAACCCUCUUCCAGGCACGUUGGUGGAGUCCGGCUGCACUCAUCCGUUCGAGUUCGACUUUUAUCUCUGCUCUCACGUUGCCAUCAAGGGCACUGCUCGUCCUAUCCAUUACCACUGCAUCCUGAACGAGGGCAAUUGGAAGGCUGCCGAGCUUCAGCAGUUCAUCUUCGAGCACUCGUACCAGUAUGUGCGCUCGACGACUCCAGUCUCGAUGCAUCCGGCUGUCUACUAUGCUCACUUGGCUGCGGACCGCGCACGUGCUCAUCUCAACGAGAGCCCUGUCUCGUCUGGAAAGAAGGAGGCCAAGGCUGAGAAGGAAUCAUCGACUGGUUCGUCCAAGCAGCACGUCGAGAUUGGUCCUUUGAUGCCUAUCCAGAACGCGCGCGGCCUCAAGGAUGUCAUGUGGUAUAUCUAG